UGCCGACGUCUCCGCCGUCCAUGGUCCCGAGCUCGUCGCCCACGGAGGUGCCGACAGGCGUGCCGACGACGCGGCCGAGCGCGCCGCCGACGGCCGAGCCGACGUCCGUGCCCACGACGCCGCCGUCGCCCGCGCCGUCCGCGCCGAACCCGACGCCCGUGCCUAGCGUCACGCCCGUGCCCAGCGGCAUGCCGUCCCCGCAGCCCAGCGCCAUGCCGACGCGGCAGGAGACGCCCACGCCCACGCAAACGUACCUGCCGACGCGGCCCGCGCGGCCGCUCGUCAUCACCGUGCGGUCGUCGCUCAUCUUCGCGAGCCUCGACGCCGCGGCGUUCAACGCCGACGCGGCGGCCGCGGCGGAGUUCGCGCGGCUCGUCGCGCGCGCGAGCCGCGACGUCGACGCGCGCGACGUCUCCGACGUCCGCGCGACGGCCUGGACGAGCGACAGACGGCGGCUCGACCGGCGGCGGCUCGCGGCGGCGGCCAAGGUCGCCUACGCCGCGGAGGUGUCGACGUUCGCCUUCGGGACGAACGCGGGGCCCGAGGCCGAGACGGCUGCGGUGCUCGCCGACUUCGAGGCGGACCUCGCCGCCGCGGUGUCCGGCGGCUGGGCGGCCCUCGUCGAGAACGUCACGGGCGACGCGAACGCGUCCGCGUGGCUCGCCAUCGACGCGGCCGCGUCGCUCGACGCCGUCGCCGCGAGCUACUCGAACUUCACGUCGCCGUCGCCGUCCGACGACGACGGCGGCGCGCCCUGGGACGUCUUCUACGGCGUCACCGCCGCCGUCGGCGUCGUGGCCGUCGCCGC